AUGAACAACCUUUGGCAAGGGUCCUGGGAAGAGUGUUUGGCUGUAACUUCGCCCACAAAACCCGAUUAUGCAACAAAGUUUUGUUGGGUAAAAAUUGCAACACCUAUAACAGCGAUGGCUCUUGGAAAUCUUCCACCAGAUAUUUGCACAAAAACAGAUUAUGAUCAGCUGUUAGCAUCUUGGAGUACCUGUGUCCCGCGGACGUGCUCUGAAGAGGAAAUGACACAAUUUUUCCAAGUAGUUUCUCAGCAACUUCCACAGCAAAUUCGUCAACUUGGUCUUCAGUUUUGUAGAACUCAAUGUCGACCUCCCGAACCACCAAAAAAAGAUGCUGGAUUUUGGGUUAUGAUUGUAAUUUUAGUAGUUACUGGUAUUGUAAUGAUCGUCGCCUCAUUGAUCGAUUACCUUACAGACUGUCCCAAAGAAAAGUAUAAAAGACUACGUAGUUCUGUUGGUCUUCGUUGUCUAUUAGCAUUUUCGUUUUACACUAACGGUAGUGAAUUAUUGUCCGUCGUAAAAAGACCGGGCCAAAUAGAAUGUCUUCACUGUAUGCGAGUUUUUUCAAUGACUUGGGUCAUGUUGGGACAUACCUAUAUGCAAUAUGCUUAUGGAGAUAAUCUACUACAAAUGAUGCAGUCUAAUCGGUACUUCUUGAACAUGGCGUUUACCAAUGCCUUCUUUUCUGUUGACACAUUUUUGUUCCUUGGCGGUUUUCUACUAACUUUCCUAUUUCUAAAAGACAUUGACAGGAAACCUGCUUGUCUGAGAUCUGGUGGUUACUGGUUUUUGUACUAUUUUCAUCGUAUUGUCAGGUUAAGUCCCCCAUAUUGGCUGUUUUUGGGUUUUACAAUAGUAUUCUUUGACUUUUUGACCGUAGGGCCGAGAGAAAUGAACAUGCUUGCAACAAUGACUGGAUGUCGUCACACCUGGUGGAGAAAUGUACUAUACAUUAACAAUCUUUACGAUCUGGAGAAUAUGUGUAUGGGUCACGCUUGGUAUUUAGCUUUAGAUAUGCAAAUUCAUAUCUUCGCACCUUUGUUCCUCAUUCCUUUAGCCUUACAUUUUAUCGGUGGACUAGUUUCUGGAGUUAUCUUAAUUGCUAUUUCUACGGCCUUGAACUACUGGGCAUAUUUCAAAUGGGAGCUUCCAGCUUCGUUUACUGGAAUCAUUGUUCACGCUACGGCUCUUGAUAUGAAUGUGCUGUCAGUAUUUCAACAGUAUGUUUAUUUCGCUUCUUGGGUGCGUUAUACUCCGUAUGUUAUUGGUGGCUGGACUGGAUAUUUCAUCUUUUAUUUAAGAAAGAAGAACCGAAAAGUGCAUAUGCAUUGGGUAAGUGUCGUUCAUUUGAUUUACCUCUGA